CUGUUUGGCUGAGAGUAGGACACAGAGCUUGAUGAUAACUGAACCAAAACCUCAAUUUAUAAUAAUAGCCGAUCAACUGGUUAUAGCCGUACUGCACGAUAACUUCAGACGUCCGAGAUGGAGUAACAAAGUAGUUAGAUCUUUGCCUGAAGACGAAGAUUUUGACUUGGUGAAAAAUAUGUGCUGCCUUCACCAGGACGACACUUUUGGAUUAAAACGUUGAAAUAUCUGCAACGAGUGGACAAUAGAUAAUGUUGACGGAUGAUAUUCAGUGAACCAGAAAAAAGACGACUUACUCUUAGCUAAUUUUAAUUUCAUACACGAUUGAGAUUUGUGCUGGAACCAUGUUUAUUACAGUGAAAUUUGGUGAACGGAAAGAGAUCAUCUUCAAUCCAAAUUGCCGCAGUAUCGCCCUCUUACGGCAGAUACGACAGAAAUGUAACUACACCAAUGAAGUGAUCGGUAUCGAUCUGUCCGACGAGGAGGGAAACGUAAAGAUGCUGUCAGAUAUGCCCAUGAGGCAGGCCAGCGAGGUGCUCAAGGAGCGGGAGACAUUAGUCUUGGUCAGUGUGGAAAAACUAGAAGACGGUGAUUACAAAUAUACACCGCUACUGAACGACGAGGAGGCGAUAACACAGGAGUUUCUAGCACGCCUGUCCUCGCGAAAUAGGCGGCGCUCUGAACGGCCUCGCAGCAGCCGGCGCUCGAAAGACGAUAAAUUGGGGUCAAGGACGGGCAAGGCCAAGGACAAAGAAAAAGUAGAGAGGGAAAAGUUGAAGUCAGCGAAGAAGGAGCGGGGACCAACUGAGGAGUACAUGAAAAGAAAACGAGGAUCUUUAACCGAACGCAUCCCGAAAAGUUUACUGUCGACCAUUUCUCCGAGUUAAUGAUCGAGAGUACGUUUAAAUGCCGUGACUAACAUACGCCUGAAUGACUAAUUAUCUGUAUACGUAAUACAGAACAAUCACCUUAACAUGACUGCGAUUUGAACAAUAGAUCUUAAGGUUGUCAGUAUAAUGCUCUUCCGAUUGAGCUAUCGAUGUUUCUCGAGGCGACGCGACCAAAAGCUACAUUGCUUUAUACACGCACAAUGGCUUGCUAAGUACCAUGACCAUCAUCAUACACAGAGCAAGAUCUGAGACCUGCUUACUGACUUUACGGCAACAUGAUGGUUUAAGCCACCAACAGUGCGAGGGACCUACAUGGAGGGACAAAGAUUAAACCCCAAUGAAACAUUUUGCCUUAUAAUAUUGUAAGUAGCAAACCGUUCGCGUAUUGCGGCGAACUAUAAGGGCUGAAGAAGGAUAUCACAUUAUCCUUUUUCAUGAACUAGAUACUUGCACAUAAAAAUGAUUUUGACAUUACCCAAUUGCCGAUACGUAAAUCGGAUAGGGAAUAUAUCAAGUGGAUCGAUUACUGGAAGGAAACUUCGAAGUCGUUGUUUUUUACACUCUCGGUCCAGUACAUAUCUUCAGGAUCACUGUCUGCGAGAAGUAGAUUCGAUUAUAAUAGUUAGGCCUACAUAUAUACAUGUAGUAGGCCUACUCUCCGUUGAAACGUUGUCAAUGAAUUAUCAUGAGCCUAAGAAUAAGCCGUUUAGUUAAUAAUUGUUAAAUGGCUCAGGUGAGUUCUACUGGAUUAAACUAAACUUGGGAUCAUUUUCGCGUCAACUUAAAGGCUUUGUGAACGCUUUGUUCUUGCGCGGCUUUUAUGGCAGAGAGAUAUCCUCUGACGAAGAGGAAGGAAUUUUCAGCCUAACACGGAACGUCAUUUUUUAGCCAACCGGUUCUAGACGUAAUAUCAUGUCACAAUUAUACACAUGCAUAUAUGAUUUUUCACCACAUCAAACAAUUGUUAAGUUGAUGGAUUUUAUAGGCGUUUUAUUGUAAUG